CCUCAGUGCGGUGCGGCCCGGUCGCAGCCACAGCCGCCACCAUGUCUCUCCACGGCAAACGGAAGGAGAUCUACAAGUACGAAGCCCCCUGGACCGUCUACGCCAUGAACUGGAGCGUGCGGCCGGACAAGCGCUUCCGCCUGGCGCUGGGCAGCUUCGUGGAGGAAUACAACAACAAGGUUCAGCUUGUUGGUUUAGAUGAAGAGAGCUCCGAGUUUAUUUGCCGAAACACCUUUGACCAUCCCUACCCCACAACAAAGCUCAUGUGGAUCCCUGACACUAAAGGCGUCUAUCCAGACCUACUGGCAACCAGCGGUGACUACCUUCGGGUGUGGAGGGUUGGUGAGACAGAGACCAGGCUGGAAUGUCUGUUAAACAAUAACAAGAACUCGGAUUUCUGUGCUCCCCUGACAUCCUUUGACUGGAAUGAAGUGGAUCCUUAUCUUCUAGGAACCUCCAGCAUUGACACAACUUGUACCAUCUGGGGGUUGGAGACGGGGCAGGUGUUGGGACGAGUGAAUCUUGUGUCUGGUCACGUGAAGACCCAGCUGAUUGCUCAUGACAAAGAGGUCUAUGAUAUUGCUUUUAGCCGGGCUGGGGGAGGCAGAGAUAUGUUUGCUUCAGUGGGUGCAGAUGGCUCGGUGCGGAUGUUUGACCUUCGCCAUCUAGAACACAGCACCAUCAUUUACGAAGACCCACAGCAUCACCCUCUGCUGCGCCUCUGCUGGAACAAGCAGGACCCCAACUACCUGGCCACCAUGGCCAUGGAUGGAAUGGAGGUAGUGAUCCUGGAUGUCCGAGUUCCCUGCACGCCUGUUGCUCGGUUAAACAACCACCGGGCCUGUGUCAACGGCAUUGCAUGGGCCCCCCAUUCAUCCUGUCACAUCUGCACUGCAGCGGAUGACCAUCAGGCUCUCAUCUGGGAUAUCCAGCAAAUGCCCCGAGCCAUUGAGGACCCAAUCCUGGCCUACACAGCAGAAGGAGAAAUCAACAAUGUGCAGUGGGCGUCCACUCAGCCUGACUGGAUCGCCAUCUGCUACAACAACUGCCUGGAGAUCCUCCGAGUGUAGUGCUGGUGGCACCAUGCCCAUGGGGUAGGGGCUUGUGUGUCUUCUGCCCCUGCCCUGCCCCCCAAGUAAGAAGAAACGUGUUUCCGGUGGCCAGUAUGUCUCUCAUUGCUCUGCACCCGCUGUCACCAGAAGCUGCUCUAGGAGUUCCCGGCCAGUCGGCCCAGCCCUCUCUGUGCUAGACUCAGUGCUUUGUGGCGCCUCCUCAGCCCAGGGCUGAGUUUUAAGAUUUUUCUCUUUCCUUCUUCUCUUGCGGGCCCUCAAUUAACGGUUUCUGUGUAUUUUUGUUUGUCAGUUGUUGUGUUCACGAGCAUCACAGGUACAGGCAAUAUUUGUAUCUGUUUGUCCAUCUGCUGCCCGAGGCAGCACUCUGUCCUGUCCCUGUCCGUGCAAGCACUUAACUGGGAACAUACACCAAUCUGCAGUUGUCAUUUCUCCUAUUAUCAAUGUCUUUAACAAAUUUCAACUUUGUAUAUUUUUUACCUAUCUGGCUAAUUUUUUAAUGAAAAGAACUUUUACUCUUCCUGGUUUUUUUCUCCUGGGUUUCAUAGUUCUCCCUAGUGAUGCCUUCCUGCCCUUCCCUCGGUGCCAGAAGCUGACACCAGGCCCUCAACCCCGAGAGCACUUUGCCUGCUUGAAUCACUGCCUGAGCAGAACCUUCCUGACCAGGAGUCCAAACCAACUCGGUGCUCUGGAGUCGGCCAGCUCUCCCCCACACACAUACCUGGCUCUUCUGACGAUCAUUCUGGGCUCCAGAACAGACAGGUGACACCUUCUGUUGCUCCUGGACGUACCUCUGUCCAGCCCUUUUGAGACCGAUUGGGAAUGCGCCUGACUCAAGGGGCGUGAUUUCAGGAAGUCUGAACUUAGAGCAUAUUUCUGUACAUUGCUUCAUGUUUCUCCCCAACAAGUUUGCCCAACCCAUUCCAUUUCAUGUCUUAAAUGAUGGGCAAGAAGUAUCUAGCAGCUGGAUUUUGGUGUUUCUCUUGGUUUAGUUUCCUGUAGACCGAGUGCUCUGAGGUGAGAGAGUCCUGGGUGAGAAGCACAGUCUGUGCAUCUAGUUUGGAACAAGAUCUUCAGAACUGGGGAUGUGGCUCAGAAGUAGAGCGUUUGCUUUAGAUGCAUGAGGUUUGGGGUUUGGAUCCCAACACCAUACAUACACAAGUGUGGGAGAUGGUCAGCUCUUGUAAGGAAGGGACAGCAAGUAACCUGGUGUCAGAGACUCAGAGUCACAGUGAAGAGCUCUGCCGCCCCCGACACCCACUCAGGUGCCGAGCAGUAUUCACUUUGCAGGCUGCAGUGGUCUGUUUUCCGUUACCUAGUGAGUCGUAUAAAGGGACUUGUGGGUGACUCGGAUAUUAGGUGAGCCCAUAGGUGAGUGUGGAAAAUGCUCAACGUUUGGAGGGAAGUGUGCCUGGUUCAUUGUGCAUGGAGGUUUCUGUCAAACUCUGAACUGACCACAAGUUGGUGGCCAUGUCCAUAUAGGCUUGCCUUGCUCUUGAGAAUCAACUCAGUUUGCAUUGUUUCUCUGGGCCCUUAAACUUGCCUAGAAUAUUUCUUUUAAGAAGUAGAUGGACGUAAUCUCUGUUCCCAAGGUCCUUUCUCUUUGCUUUACUGCACAGGAGCCUACCCUGCUCGAAAGGCUCUCCUUCCAUCAAGGUAUUUCCCCUGCUACCUUUUACUGUCCUGAUCUGAUGUGAUGAAUCUCUGGCCAUCAGUCUGGGGUUGAUUUCUCACAUUUCUCCCAAUAUUUGCAGUGUCAUUUGGAGGUCCAGAUUCUGCCUCUGCUUUCAGUUGUGUGACACUUUCUGGGCCCUUCUGUUAGGAAGUAAGUCCCCAUCAAUGGCUGCCAGCUCCAUCCAGGAGGCCAGUCAUUCCUUCCUCUGGAUGAGGUAAAGGUCAGACUGGUAGAGGUGCUGGCAGAGCUUCCCUACACUGAGGUCUGAAUUCAGAUUUUUGCCUGGGUCUGCACUUAAAUGGGCCCUGGAGAGAAAGCUUGUCAGCUAGAAUUUGAAACUGGUCUGGAGAAGAUUUUGUUGUAAUUGACUCAUUUAGAUCAAGUUUUGCUGGACUCUGGAAACCAGCAACACUUGGUCCCCCUGCCCUGUGGACCAGCAGCUCCUUCCUUAGUUAGGCCCUGUGGAUGGCCACUGUAGACCUCCCAUCUGAGGCUCCAGUGAGGGACCCUCCCUGGGCAGUCCUAUGCAUAUUCCAAUGUAGAGCUGUUGGUGGGUGUAGGGCAGCAGCUCUCUGAGCACCACUUUACCCCACCAUGGGGUCUGACUGACGAGGGACUUCCGUAGAGUCAGACCUCAGAAAGCCCCUUAACAGUCACACUCCAAGAAGCAGAGAUCAGUUGUUAUAUCAAAAGAUCAAUGUAACUAGACUCUUCCGCCCAUGGCCCGCAUCCAGGGUGUUGGGCUUGGUCUCAGGUUCCAAUGUAAGAGCAAGCGAAAGGAUUGAGAAACCUCCAGGGCUGGAGUGCUUAUACCUGGAAAGUUGAUUCUGUCUCCUUCUAGGUUACAAAGUUAAGACUCGAAGAGGAAAGACAUUUGCUCACAGGGUGAGAUUUUCUUGUUAGAACCAGGAUGACUCCCAAACUAUCUAAAACUUGUGAAGAAGUCCCCUGAAAUCGAGAAUCCUACAAGAUUUUGAAAGUAAUUACAGCAGAAAUAUGAGGAGGAGACUUAGGAUGUAGGAGAAAAAUCAAUGGUUAAAUUUCUUUAGACUAAAGGAGGAGAUUGAAGGCUUGAGGCGGAGGUGAAGCGGCAUUCGGACAAUCUCGUGUGGCCAGCGGAUGGGCCUUAUUGGACCCUCCUGGCAGCCUAUGGUAAGAGAGUGACAGCUUGGGGUGGAGAGAGCUGCUCCCCACUGCAGUGUAGCCACAAGUGGUGAUUGGGACUAGAAAAUGAUGACAGUCUCUCAGAGAGGAUGGGAGGCCUGUGGUCAGUUGAAGUUGCAGGUUCCGCAGAACAGAAAGCAGAGAUUCAAAAUAAUCAUGCUGACUGGGAUUGAGCCCAGGAUUUGAUUCGUGUGAACACUGAGCUCGACCACUGAGCUCCACCCCAGCUUCCCCACCUUUUCUCUUCCCUUUGAGCUUCCUCUCCAUUGUAGAACUUUCUCCCUGCUGUACCCUGUCCUUGACUCCUUGGUCUGUCAGAGAUGCAAGAUUUACCAAACACAGGAGGGCUGGCCCUUUUCCUCCCUGCUCUCGUUGUACCGCGGGGCCCGGGUGAAAGGCCAAAGAAGCAGCCUCCAUGUAGUCUCUUCCUGCACCCCCUACCCUUCAGCAUGAGGUGGAAGGGGUAGGCUUGUCACUUCAAUUGGGCCUUUCCAGGGAGGAGCAGAGCGGAAUGAUUGAGCUGACUAGGAAUCUCUUCUCUCACCUACUGAGUCUCAUGCUAUAGAACCUGUCCUCCUCUUCCCUCCCCACAGUUGUCAUUGCUGCUAACAGUCCACAUGAAACAUAUGGUCACACAGGAUGGGCCAGGUGCACACAGACUACUUUCUGGAUGUGAGAUUUUAAACAUGGAAACAUGCAGGUGCCUUCCCCCAGGAGGCUUACACUGGUGUAACAACCUAGAAAUGAGUAGCCUGAUGUGAGUACGAACUCAAGAAGAAAGAGGGGGCCAAUCUGUGUGACAGCUGGAAACUGACCGACACCCACCUUGGGGAGAAUCCAGCGACAUGAACUUGUGAUAGCUCCUCUCUGAAAGGGAUGUUCUCACCUUGGGUUGAUUGUGGUAUUCGGUAAACAGUAUGUUAUAAAACUCUGUUGAGCUAAAGCUCUGACUUGAGUAUGAACCAUUUUGCUUUGGUCCCUGUGUAAUUUACGACCCUUUGUCAGUGAUUUUUCGUCCCUCUCCUCCACCCUGAGUGUGAAUACGUAGCAUGAUUGUACAAAUCUCUAAGUAGAAAAUGGGACAUUUCUUGUCCUCUGAUAUGGUAAGCUGUAGCCAAUCACUCGUCUCCUUUAGAGUAGUGUGUCUGAUCUUUAUUUCCUGUUACAUAUUUAAACGUUUCCUCUGUACUCUAGGUUUUGUGGCAUCCCGGGGUCAGGUGGAGAGGAAGCUGCCCCUUGCAGAAUUGUACUGUAACCAUUCUUGCUUUAUAAAUAUGAUGUUCACAGGACUGAUGAUAGUACACAGGGCCUGUCAUCAGACAAGCGGUAAUAUUGACUCCAUUGAUGACAACUUGAAAGGCACUCGGAAGUGGACUGUUAGAUUGAUGACUUUGUUUCUCAUUCCAAGUAUAUUUGACCUAAUUUUCACCCUUUCGUUCUGUUUCAGCCUCCUGUAUAAGAAGUACCGUAUUUUCUGCCCAUCAUACUUUGUAAUAAAAAUUAAACAUGUAUAGAUUGAA